AUGAUGUCGAAUGGCUCCUCUAACCGUGGCAGAACAACGAAUUUCAAUGAGAUAGAGGAAGAAAAGGAAAAUAUUCUCCCAUUGAGAGACGGUAGGUCAGCUCAGGGGCUUUCACAAGUUUUGAAUGAAGAUCUGUCGCAGCUGAAUUGUACGAGGCUCACGUUUGAAAGACGAUUACUGGAAGAACUCGAAGAUCUGGAUGAUCCUUUGGAGCUGUUCAUGGAAUAUAUCAACUGGAUUAACCAUGCCUACCCGCAAGGUGGCAGCUCGAAGAAGAGUGGAAUGCUGGAUCUUCUGGAACGCUGUCUUAUGUAUUUCAGAGAUAUGGAGACGUACAAGAACGAUCCCAGGCUACUGAAAGUGUGGUUGUGGUACAUCGAAGUUUUCUCUGCAGAUUCCGACCAGGACAGCAAAGAAAUAUUUAUCUACAUGCUUCGAAAACGAAUAGGCAACAAGUUGGCUCUGUUUUAUGAAGCUUUUGCUGCGUCGCUGUUCGAAGCGGGAAAGUUCAAGGAAGCACACAUUAUUCUUAAAAUGGGCGUUGAUGAAAAUGCUAGGCCCCAGAACCGGCUUUUGAAGAGGCUCGAGGAGUGCGAGAUGAAACUCCGAAUUAUGAACAUAGAGCCCAGCAACAGUGGACCCGCGGACCGCCAGUUUUUGGAGUCAUCGAGUAACCUCGUCUUGGGGAGGGGAAGAUCAUCUCUGCUGACGACCAUGCAGGGAGGCUCCUCCGGAAACGCUGUGUUGGAUCGAGAUGUCAGAUUAGCUAAAUACGAUGUGUUUCGUGACGAGGAGAAUGCCAACGAUGUCAAUGCACCUUUGCGGAACGACGGAUGGGACCUGUUGGAUUCAAGAGCUAAUAGAACCAAAGAAAAUCAAGCGACUUCAACUCGGAUAACAAGCGGCUCGAAUCUUGGGAAAAUCGAUCAAGAGGGUGAUUAUCAACAGAGGCAAGCGAGCUCUGAAAAAUUACCAAUCUUCAAAGACAGCCUCGGAAGAAGUGAACCAGUGUAUAAGCUGGUACAAGUGGCUGGCAAAAAGCCUGAAAAGAUAGACUGCAAUUUCAACCUGAUAUAUCCCACGAGCAAUGAGGAAUUUUGCAUUGAAGAAAUACUGGCAAUAUCACGCAACGUGUACCAUAAAAUUGACAAUGACGCAGUCCUGGCCCAAGAUGAGGCACCCAUGAUCAAAAAGAGGAAGAAGUCAGCGCCUUUAACAGAAAAGAAAGCCCUAUUGCCUUCCUCCCAACCUCCCGUGUCACAUAUCAGGGAUGGCUCGCAGAAUGAACCUUCAAACCAUUCUAAUCAAUCAGAGGACAAUGAGAAGUUGCAGGUUGUGCCGUCUACUUCAAUUUUACCCCUGAGGAGCGGUCAAGAGGAUGACCGUACAGAUCAUGAGAAGAUCAAAAAACAGUUACAGUCUCCACGUUCACCGACAAUCACUUACUUUUCCAAAAGCGCUAUGGAGGAGGUAUACUCGAUGUUUAAUCAACACUAUCAGGAGCCUAAAGCCAUUGCUGAUAGAGACGAGACAACUGGCAGGUUUGUGUUGGACAACAUUACCCAGGAUUACACAAGGCAAAAUCUGGAGGAUUUAACAGAAGUCAAGAGAACAGACGCUGAUGGAAAUACAAAGACCGGAAAUCUGUACGUUGAAGCAGCCGAAAAAAAUAUCGUUGCGUCGCCUCACAAGGAGGCAAUCGAAGCAGAGACGGCUAGCGAUAUAUAUGGCGCUGGGCGCCACGAUUUCAUGACGCCAAUACAAGAACGGAAUGAAAAGCCAUCUGAAACGCCUUCAGAAGGACAAAAUGGAGAUAGCGGUAAAGAUCUUUCCGAGGUGGAUGGAAGCUCACCCUUCUUAACGCAACCGCAACUAACGACUAGUGGAAAUAAGAAAUCAGAAGCACAUAUAAUUGAGGACCCUUUGAACAGCAAAUUGAGGGCGCAAUUACUGGCCAAUGUUAAGCCUCCUCUAGAUGACUAUGAGACAUUUUACCGUUAUAAUCAGCCGCUGAAAAUGAGUGCUCUUUUGAAAAGAAUUCAUCGCGUUUCAAAAUCAGAGAAUAAAAAUCCCAUAGUGGACUUCAAAAAGACUGGUGAUCUGUACUGCAUAAGAGCGGAGCUGGGUGAGGGCGGCUAUGCGACUGUGUAUCUUGCGGAGUCCAGCACCGGCGGAUUGAAGGCGUUAAAAGUUGAAAAGCCAGCAAGUGUAUGGGAAUUCUAUAUACUGAAGCAAGUGGAGAAAAAGCUCAAAGGGAAUGGCGUUCUGAGGUCUAUUAUCAAUGCUAGCUCGUUGCACUGCUUUCAGGACGAGAGCUAUCUUGUCCUGAAUUAUGCUAAUCAGGGUACGAUCCUUGAUCUCGUGAAUCUCCAGAAGGAAAAAUCGAAAGGUCCUAUUGAUGAGCUUCUAUGCAUGUUUAUGACAAUUGAGUUGAUGAAAGUGGUCGAGGCUCUCCAUAGCGUGGGAAUAGUACAUGGUGACCUCAAGCCGGACAAUUGCAUGAUCCGAUUUGAAACUGGUAGUUUAGGUCCCUACCAAGCUGAUGGUUCAGAAGGCUGGGACAGAAAAGGGAUCUAUCUCAUAGAUUUCGGCAGAUCUUUUAAUAUGAGCCUUUUUGAGCCUGGCACCAAGUUUAAAGCAAAUUGGAAGACAGACCAGCAAGACUGCGUUGAGAUGACGAAGGGGAUACCGUGGAGCUACGAGGCAGAUUAUUUCGGAUUGGCUGGUAUAAUCCAUUCUCUUCUGUUUGGGGAACUUAUUGAUACAAUACAGGGCCCCGAUGGGCGCGUUAGAUUAAGAAACUCGUUUAAAAGAUACUGGAAGCAAGAUAUUUGGUCAUCCAUAUUUGAUGCUCUCAUCAAUAGCAACUCGUUUGAUUGUUUCCCAAUCACUUCGAUGCUCGUUGAAAGUAGGCUACAGAUAGAGGCCUAUUUGACUUCUCAUAACACCGACAACUUAAGGUGCAUCAUACGAGAUUUAGAGUCUGAACUGACUCAAGCAAGGAGAGGAACAAGGUUCAGCAGAUGA